GGGGAGGGAGUGGCCGGGGGCGGCUCCGCAGAGCCGGGGCUGCUGCCAUGGGGCUCCGCAGCUCCUGAGCGCCCGUCCCCGGGCACGGCUCCGCAGCGCGCCCCCCGCAGCGCCCCGGCGCCAUGGGCGAUGUGCUCUCCACUCACCUGGACGAGGGCCGCCGGCAGCACAUCGCAGAGAAGACCGGGAAGGUGCUGGGGGAGUUUGCCCGCUGCUACAAGGAGCAGUACGGCGUAGCGCUCUUCAACAGCGUCCGCUAUGAGAUCGAAGGCAAUGGGGGGCCGCAGGCGCAGCUGCUGCACCGCAAGGUCCCGCUGGAGGACCACGUCAUCUACUCGGGGAACCUCUUCCAGUACAUCGAGGAGAACAAGAAGUGGAGGAACCGCUUCUGCGUGGUGCCGCACAACUACGGCCUGGUGCUCUACGAGAACAAACUGGCUUACGAGCGGGAGCUGCCGCCCCGCGUGCUCAUCAACAGCGCCGGCUACAAGGUCCUCACCUCCGUGGAGCAGUACCUGGAGCUGGUGAGCAGCAGCCUGCCUGGCGUGGCGCCCAAGUCGGGGAACGCCGCCAUCAUCAAGUGCCCCACGGAUUUCCCCCUGAUCCUCUGGCACCCCUACGCCCGGCACUACUACUUCUGCGUGAUGACGGGCAAGGAGCAGGAGAAGUGGGGGGCGGUUUUCCAGGACUGCGUGCGGCACUGCAACAACGGGAUCUCCGAGGACUCCAAGGUGGAGGCCCCAGCCUUCACCGACGCCGUCCGCAUGUACCGCCAGUCCAAGGAGCAGUACGGCACCUGGGACAUGCUCUGCGGCAACCAAAGCCAGAUCCUGAGUAACCUGGUGAUGGAGGAGCUGCUCCCGGAGCUGCGCAGCGCCAUCGGCCCGCGGCUCAAGGGCAAGGCUCCGGAGCGCCAGCGGGCCUGGAUCCAGAUCUCGGAUGCCGUGUACAGGAUGGUCUACGAGCAGACCCAGGCCCAGUACGACGCCUUGGUGGCCAAGUGCGAGGCGGAGCGGCCCCAGCUGGAGAGCACCAUCCGCACCGACAUGGACCAGAUCAUCACCUCCAAGGAGCACCUCUGCAGCAAGAUCCGAGCCUUCGUCCUCCCCAAGGCGGAGAUUUGUGUCCGCAACCACGUGCAGCCCUACAUCUCCUCCAUCCUGGAGGCCCUGAUGACCCCCACGAGCCAGGGCUUCGCCGAGGUGCGGGAGGUGUUCUUCAAGGAGGUGACGGACAUGAACAUGAACAUCGUCAACGAGGGCGGCCUGGAGAAGCUGGUGGAGUACAUGGAGAAGCUGUCCCACCUGGCCUUCCACCCGGUGAAGAUGCAGUCGUGCUACGAGAAGAUGGAGCAGCUGAAACUGGAGGGCCUCCAGCAGCGGUUCGACGUCUCCAGCACCUCCGUCUUCAAGCAGAGAGCCCAGAUCCACAUGAGACAGCAAAUGGAUGACGCCGUGUACACCUUUGAGACGCUGCUGCACCAGGAGCUGGGGAAGCUGCAGGGCAAGGACGACCUCUGCAAGUCCAUCCAGCGCAUCCUCGAGCGCGUGCUCAAGAAAUACGACUACGACAGCAGCACCGUGCGCAAGAAGUUCUUCAGAGAGGCCCUGCUGCAGAUCACCAUCCCCUUCCUGCUGAAGAAGCUGGCGCCGACCUGCAAGGGGGAGCUGGCCAAGUUCCAGGAGCUCAUCUUCGAGGACUUUGCCAGCUUCAUCCUGGUGGAGAACACUUACGAGGAGGUCGUGCUGCAGUCGGUGAUGAAAGACAUCAUGCAAGCUGUGAAGGAGGCGGCGGUACAGCGGAAGCACAACCUGUACCGCGACAGCAUGGUGAUGCACAACAGCGAUCCCAACCUGCACCUCCUGGGCGAGGGCAUCCCCAUCGACUGGGCCGAGGAGCACGGCGGGCAGCCCGAGGCCGAGCCGGCCGCCGACAAGCGCCGCCGGGCCAAGCAGGUGGUGUCGGUGAUCCAGGACGACGAGGGGGCCCUGCCCUACGAGGCGGGUGCCGAGGGGCUGCUGCCCCCCAGCUCCCCGGAGCCUGCGGUGCCGCCGGGGUCCCCGGGCGAGGUGGCGGAGAUCAGGGAGCUGCUGGCGGAGGAGGCACUGGAGGAAGCUGCCGGCGGCCAGGCUGAGGAGCGGCUGACGAACGGUACCCACGGCAGGCGGCAGAGCGGGGCCACCGAGGAGGUGGUGGCAGCGGGGGCCACGCUGGGUGACAGCCCCCCGCGGGGUGCGGGCAGCGAUGGGGAUGGGGCGCGCCGCGACGCACCGGUGGCACCCGCAUCGGGGGCCGGGGAGCCUUCGGGAGAUAAGGAGCACCCCCACACAGCAUCCCCUGCACCCCCAGCCGAGAUCCCAGCAGGGAGAUAAGGAGCACCAAGCCACAGCAGCAGUCCCCUACACCUGGAGCCGGGGUGCCAGCAGGAGAUAAAGGGCACCCCACAGGGCACCCCACAGGGCACCCCACAGCACCACCACCUGCACCUGGAGCUGAGAUCCCAUCAGGAGCCGAGGAGCACCACCCCACAGCACCGCCUGCGCCCGCCGGGACGGAUUGCCCCAGCCCAGUGACAAGGAGACGGGCGAGGAGGUGGCCCCCCCGGCGGCUUGCAGCCCCCCGGAGCCCGCGGGCACGACGGAGAGCGUUGUUGAGGGGGUGCAGACUGAGUUCUAGCCCCGUGCCCGCCGUGGACUGGUCCUGGGGCUGCCAGGGCUGGGGCGGCGCUGCGGGAGAGGGAGGGGAUGGGGAACACCGAGGGCACCCGACGGGGGGGGGUCCUGCUGCUGCGCGGCUGGCCGCCACCCGGGGGGGGCCGGCUGGGGCCCGGCUCAGCACAGGGCACCCGCUGCACUCUGCUCUGUCCUUCUUCUGCCUUAUUUCCUUCUUUUCUACUGGAGAGAUGCUUUAUCUGCCUCCCCCAUAGCCGAGCUCACGUGCCUGGGGCUGUCUGGGGGGGCUGGAGCCCCGAUACCUGCGGGAUGCUCCCAGCUGCUGCCCCCCCCCGGCAGCGGGGACCAUCCCCUGCCGCAUCUGUGGGGUUUUCCUGGGGGCCUCCCCACGGGGAGCAUCUCCCCGGCGGCCCCGUGCCGUCACCAGCACCCAGGGGGAGCGAGGGCUGCAGGGGAGGGUGGGCAAAAACGGGAUGGCGAGGGCUGGGGGUGCCGCAGCUCUGCGGGGGGGGUGAAGGGCGAGACGAGGCCAGGAGCACGGGGCCGUGUGGGGCAGGAGGAGAUCUGCCUGGGGCUGCUGCCACAACAACUCCUGGCCCUUUGGGGGCGAGGUGUGGGGCCUGCCCAAGGUCCCCAGGCUGCUCCGCACCCACCCUGGGGGUGCCGUCACCCCGUGCCCAGGCUCGGCUGGGAGAUAGGGAAAGCUUUUUUGGUUCCCAGCUGGGCAUCACCCCCUGGCCUCCAGCCCUCGGCCCUCGCACAUUUGGGUUCUGGCAGCAGCCGGGGGGGGGGGGGGAGCGAACAUCUGGGGCCUCAGCAGGGGUUGGCAGGGCACCGGGACCCCCGGUCACAGCCCCGGGGGACGCACCGAAAGCACUGGAGAGGCGCUGGGGGCACUGGGCUGAGACUCAGGAGCUGGCACACAUUGGGGACCGACCCCCCCUGCGUUGGGGGUGCCCCUGUCCCUGCCUCUGAAGGGGGUGCCCAGCCCAAACCACUUGGGGAGCCCCCUCCCCCCCCCCCCAAAAAAAAAAAAAAAAAGAAAAAGUGCCUUGCCUUGGGAACUUAAAACCUGUCUCUUCCAAGAUAUUUUAUUAAGAAUGUUAUACAAAUGUUUAAGAUAUGCUUAUAAUAAUUAAUAAAAGAACUAAAGCUUUA